AUGCCGCUGCUGUUUCUAACUGGUGGCUGGUGGCACCUUCAGAAAGGCUUGAUCGGUCUGUGGUUUUUGCUCAAAGCCCUGUCGGUGCAGAAACGUUUCUUCUCCUUCAAGAACCAAGGCUCCAGCAGGACCAGAACACCCUCCUGCUUGGUUGCAGGCACCUGGGUGGCCCCCAGCAGUGGUCAGAAGUUCUUUGGGGGCCCAACGUUUUUGAAGAACCUCAACUUCUUGGUGCUGAAGCCUAAGUCUCAUUUCCUCGCUGAGACUUGGUUGUGUUUUGAGUUCCAGAUUUCUGAAUCUGGCCUUUUGAAGAAGAAAAAAUUGGAGUUCCAGUUCUCCACAAGGUGA